GAAAACCAACGGGCCUCACGAAUGGAAGGAAAGAGGACGAAGUUUUACUUACAUCGCAUCUGUGACAGCUUUCAAAAUGUCCAAAAUAGGGUGAUUGCAGACGUCCGGCGCUUACCCAGAAGUGAGUUUUGACCACUUUACUUUGGAUUCUGGUGACACUUUUCUGCCCCGUGGACUGGAGUUUGGAUCCAUGAUGAGGCGAAGUAAGCCUUGAAAAGAAAACAUGGAUUUUGCACGGAGGGUUUGGCUGUUCCUUCUUCUAAAACCCGUAGAACUUAAUUCUGGAAAUUAUGCUGUAAAUCUCACAGUUUCACACCUGUAAGUAAAUUCUAGUACAGGAGAAUCAGGAUGAAAAGAUGGCAGCCAUGCUGUUACCAACGGGUCCUGAUGGCUUGCGGCGGUUCACUCGCGAAUCCCUGGCUGCCCUGGAGCAGCGGAUUGCGGAGGAGCAGGCCAAGAAUGCCAAGCAGGCUCAGAAGAACGCAGAGCCAUCGAAACCCAGGGCCGACCUGGAGGCAGGGAAGCAACUGCCACGCAUCUACGGUGACAUCCCACAAGAACUUAUUGGGGUGCCACUGGAAGACAUUGAUCCGUUUUACUACAAGAACCAGAGGACCUUUAUAGUAAUUAACAAAGGGAAGGCCAUCUUCAGAUUCAGCUCCACAUCUGCAGUUUACAUAUUUACUCCAUUUCACCUCAUCAGAGCGAUUGCCAUAAAGAUUUUAGUCCAUUCAUUGUUUAGCUUGUUCAUAAUGUUCACUAUCCUCACCAAUUGUUUCUUCAUGGCCAUGUCUGAUCCACCAACAUGGACCAAGUACCUGGAGUAUACCUUCACUGCCAUUUACACAUUCGAGUCAGUAAUAAAGAUAUUAGCGAGAGGGUUCUGUUUAAUGCCGUUCACCUUCUUGAGAGAUCCAUGGAACUGGCUGGACUUCACUGUCAUUGUCAUGGCAUAUUUGACUGAAUUUGUCGACCUUGGAAAUGUCUCUGCUUUGAGAACCUUCAGAGUACUGCGCGCACUGAAAACCAUCUCGGUUAUCCCGGGUCUAAAGACCAUCGUUGGUGCCCUGAUCCAGUCUGUGAGGAAGCUGGCGGACGUGAUGAUCCUGACCGUGUUCUGUCUCAGUGUUUUUGCCCUCAUUGGCCUGCAGCUUUUCAUGGGGCUGCUGCGACAAAAGUGCGUCCGCAGCCUCGCACACUGCAUCAACUCCUCGAUUAGCCCCAACACAUCCUUCAUCUGCAACAACAGAACCUGGAGCUCCGCUGAGGACUUCCUCAGCAGUGAAGAUAAUUUUUACAAAGUUGAAGGAGCAAAGGAUGCCUUAAUAUGUGGAUAUGGAAGUGAUGCAGGGAAGUGUCCAGAGGGAUUUGACUGCCUAAAAAUAGGGAGGAAUCCAAACUAUGGCUACACCAGCUUUGAUACUUUCGGCUGGGCCUUUCUGGCACUUUUCCGUCUCAUGACACAGGACUACUGGGAAAAACUGUUUCACCAGACUCUGCGCUCAGCUGGGAAGACCUACAUGGUCUUCUUUGUGCUAGUGAUCUUCCUGGGCUCUUUCUACCUGGUCAACCUUAUCCUGGCAGUAGUGGCCAUGGCCUAUGAGGAGCAGAAUCAGGCAACCAUCGCUGAGGCCUGGCAGAAAGAGCGGGAGUUUCAGAUGGCCAUGGAACAGCUUAGAAGAGAGCAAAGAUUGGCAGCAAGAAGACAAGUACAGGAGACAGACUCAGCGCUGUCACCAGAGCUGUCUCCGUUCUGUAUGAAGUAUACAGGAAGUAUACGAAGAAGCAGCAGCAGAAGAAGAAGAUCUCACAGGACGCUGUCAGAGGAAACUGCAGAAGAAGCUGCAGAGCAGAAGAUGGAGCCCCUGGAAGAAGUAAUGCCUCCCCCGUCUCCCCUGCCAGCCCACCCCCUGCUGGCCACGCUCUCCUCUCACCCUCUCAGCACCAGGAGAGGAAGCCAGAACAGCAUCUUCAGCUCCUUCCGGGUUCGCAACAACUCAGAGGCUGACUUCGGGGACGAUGAGUACAGCAUUCAUGGAGACACCUUCAGGAGUCGCACCAGUUCCACAGCGACACACUGGAAGAGGAGAACGGGCAGUGUGAGGAGCCACUGCUCCCAAAUCUUCACCCCCAGCCUCAAUGUCAACGGUCGGCUGAACGUCUCCCUCGACCAUAACGGAGUCACGACCAUGGGUCUGCUCACCCCUAUGUCCAUGCCAGCUCACAGCAUGGAGAGAGUCAGGGAAGACACAGUAUUUUCUGUUUGUCAGAAGCCCUGCAGUGCAGAGGACACAGUUCCUAGGCCUCUCCUGCAGCCUUCCCCAACAGUGACAGAUCCGUCUCCAUUGCGCAGGAAAAGAGGCCUGAGCUCUGUCAGCUUUUAUAGUGAUGCCAUGGACGAAUUGGAGGAAUCAAGGCAGAAGUGCCAUCCCUGCUGGUACACAUUUGCCAAGAAGUACCUGAUAUGGGACUGCUACCCCUGGUGGCUGAAGCUGAAGGAGUAUGUGAAGUUAAUGGUGAUGGAUCCUUUCCUGGAUCUCGGUAUCACCAUAUGCAUUGUGCUGAACACCCUCUUCAUGGCACUCGAGCACUACCCCAUGACCGAGGAGUUCAACACCAUGCUCUCAGUGGGCAAUCUGGUGUUCACAGGUAUCUUUACAGCUGAGAUGGUUCUAAAGCUGACUGCCUUGGACCCGUAUUACUACUUCCAACAGGGCUGGAACAUCUUUGACGGCAUCAUUGUUUGCCUCAGUUUAAUGGAGCUGGGCCUCUCCAAUGUGGAGGGACUAUCUGUCCUGCGAUCUUUCAGACUGUUACGAGUCUUCAAGCUGGCCAAAUCCUGGCCUACUCUCAACACUCUCAUCAAGAUCAUCGGCAACUCAGUGGGCGCCCUGGGAAACCUGACGCUGGUGUUGGCCAUCAUUGUCUUCAUCUUCGCUGUGGUGGGCAUGCAGCUCUUCGGCAAGAACUAUCAGGACUGUGUCUGUAAGAUCUCCUUUGACUGUCAGAUGCCUCGUUGGCACAUGAAGGACUUCUUCCACUCCUUCCUGAUUGUGUUCAGGGUGUUGUGCGGCGAGUGGAUCGAGACCAUGUGGGACUGUAUGGAAGUUGCUGGCCAGCCCCUCUGCAUCCUGGUGUUUAUGUUGGUCAUGGUCAUAGGGAACCUGGUGGUGCUGAAUCUCUUUCUGGCCCUGCUGCUCAGCUCCUUCAGCUCAGACAAUCUCUCUGCUCCAGACGAAGAUGGGGACUUGAAUAACAUUCAGAUUGCCAUCGCCCGCAUCCACACUGGCUUCUCCUGGCUUGCCACGAGCAUCAUCAACCUCUUCAACCGCAGCUUGAAGCGUCGAAAGCAGAAAGCCAAGGACACCGGUCAGUCCGUCAAGCCGGUUGGAAAUCAUGUGGAAAGCAAUGGAGGGAUAUUUGGGCGUUAUGGAGAGAAGUACAUCAUACCAGAGGAGGACAGCUACAUGACCAAUCCAAACCUGACUGUCAUUGUUCCCAUCGCACCUGGGGAGUCAGAUGUGGAGUUUCUGGAGGAAGAGGAGAUCUCAGAGUCAUCGGAGGAUGAAGAAAACAAACCAGAGAAGAUCAGCCUGUCAGAGGGCAGCACGGUGGAUCUAAGGAAGCCCGGAGAGGAGGAAGAUAACUUGUCACUGCUGGAUGAAGACAGUAUGGAGCCAGAUGAAUGCUUUCCUGAAGUCUGCAUGAGGCACUGCCAGUGCUGUAACAUCGACACCAGCCAAGGCCUGGGCCAGGCCUGGUGGAGGCUGAGGAAGACCUGCUACCAGAUCGUGGAGCACAGCUGGUUUGAGACAUUCAUCAUCUUCAUGAUCUUGCUCAGCAGCGGGGCUCUGGCAUUUGAAGACAUUUACAUUGAAAAGAGAAAAGUCAUAAAGGUGGUGCUGGAGUAUGCUGACAAAGUCUUCUCCUACAUCUUCGUGCUGGAGAUGUUCCUCAAGUGGAUCGCGUACGGCUUCAAGAAAUAUUUCACGAACUACUGGUGCUGGCUCGACUUUCUGAUCGUGGAUAUUGCCACAGAUCGCUCUAUUGUUAGGGUGUCCCUGAUAAGCCUGGUAGCGAAUUCACUGGGAUAUUCUGACUUUGCUGCCAUCAAGUCCCUGAGGACCCUCCGAGCUUUGAGACCACUCAGAGCUCUGUCCAGAUUUGAGGGCAUGAGGGUGGUGGUGAAUGCCCUCAUAGGAGCUAUUCCCUCCAUCAUGAAUGUGCUGCUUGUGUGUCUCAUCUUCUGGCUCAUCUUCAGCAUCAUGGGAGUCAAUCUGUUUGCCGGCAAAUUUGGGAAAUGCGUGAACAGAACAGGCUUUAUCCACAGUGUCUCUUUGGUCAACAACAAGUCCGAUUGCCUUGCCAUGAAUGACACCCAGUUCUACUGGACCAAAGUAAAGGUCAACUUUGACAAUGUGGGACUUGGCUACCUUUCUCUUUUGCAAGUGGCUACAUUUAAAGGAUGGAUGGAAAUAAUGUACGCAGCUGUUGAUUCACGAGGAGUGGAGGAACAACCCAUAAAAGAAAUCAACCUCUACAUGUACCUCUACUUUGUAGUCUUCAUCAUAUUCGGCUCCUUUUUCACCCUCAAUCUCUUCAUCGGUGUCAUCAUUGACAAUUUCAAUCAGCAGAAAAGAAAGUUAGGUGGGCAAGAUAUCUUCAUGACUGAAGAACAGAAGAAGUACUAUAACGCUAUGAAGAAGUUAGGAACUAAAAAGCCUCAAAAGCCAAUACCAAGACCUGCGAACAUUAUCCAAGCCUUCUUCUUUGAUCUGGUGUCUAAGCAAGCCUUCGACAUUAUGAUCAUGAUGCUCAUCAUCGUCAACAUGGUGACCAUGAUGGUGGAAACCGAUGAGCAGUCAGAGCGAAUGGAGUCCAUCCUCAACAAGAUCAACAUGGUCUUCAUUGUGAUCUUCACCACCGAAUGCCUGAUCAAGAUCUUUGCUCUCCGUUGUUAUUUCUUCACCGUUGCAUGGAACAUUUUUGAUUUUGUGGUGAUAAUUCUCUCUAUUGUGGGGAUUGUUCUUGCUGACAUUAUUGAGAAAUACUUUGUAUCUCCUACCCUGUUUCGAGUCAUCAGACUGGCAAGGAUCGGACGUGUUCUUCGACUUAUACGUGCAGCCAAAGGAAUAAGGACUUUACUGUUUGCCUUAAUGAUGUCCAUGCCAGCACUGUUCAAUAUUGGUCUCCUACUUUUCCUCGUCAUGUUCAUCUACGCAAUCUUUGGCAUGGCAAACUUUGCCUAUGUGAAAAAACAAGAUGGAAUUGAUGAUAUGUUUAAUUUUGAGACCUUUGGGAAUAGCAUGAUCUGCCUUUUUCAGAUCAGCACCUCAGCAGGCUGGGACAACCUGCUGAGCCCUAUAAUGUCCAGCCCCCCAGAUGAGUGUGACCUCAACUUUAUCAACACAGGCACUAACACCCGAGGAAACUGUGGCAACCCCUCUGUGGGCAUAGCUUUUUUUGUCAGUUACAUUAUAAUUUCUUUCCUCAUUGUGGUAAAUAUGUAUAUAGCUAUCAUUCUGGAGAACUUCAGUGUUGCCACAGAGGAGAGCACAGAGCCACUGAGCGAGGAUGACUUUGAAAUGUUUUACGAGGUUUGGGAGAAGUUUGAUUCUGAGGCCACGCAGUUCAUUGAGUUUUCUAUGCUGUCGCACUUUGCUGACACUCUGUCGGAACCGCUGCGCAUCCCAAAGCCCAACAAAAUCCAGCUGAUCUCCAUGGACCUCCCUAUGGUCAGUGGGGACAGGAUCCACUGCCUGGAUAUUUUGUUUGCCUUCACAAAGCGUGUCCUGGGAGAGUCAGGGGAAAUGGAUGCUCUGAAACAGCAAAUGGAGGAGAAGUUCAUGGUGACCAACCCAUCCAAAGUUUCCCAUGAGCCCAUCACCUCAACACUGCGGCGCAAACUAGAGGAGGUGUCCGCGAUCGUCAUCCAGAGGUGCUACAGGAGGCAUCUUGUGUGCCGGCAGAUGAAGCAGGCAUCCUACCUCUACAGACAAAUAAACUACGAGACAGUUGUGGAUGUGGAGAAUGCUCCAGAAACAGAGGGGCUGAUAGCCUCCAUGAUCCAGCAUUAUGGGCCUGUGGGAGUUGCAGAGACAGUGGAGGAUACUUUAACGUCCUCACCACCAUCUUAUGAUAGUGUGACCAGGGCAGCCUCUCUAAGCCUCUCUGAGGUGGCCCAAUCAGUAUCCAGAGACUCUGAAUCCAGGGAGCCUGAUGAAAACUAUGAGGAAACGUUUCUUUGAGACUCAGUUGAACGGAGAGCGAUUGUAUUGUUUUUGUCUGUUUUGUUUACAGCAGAGAACAUGAAUCGAAGUAACUCAUGGUCAAAGAGAAAAAAAUGCUUUUAUAUUGUAGCAUGGAGGGAAUAUGCUAUUUUUUUUAGGUAACUCAGUCUCUGGAAUCACCCAGAUGUUCAAGAGCAUACAUGGACACUUCUGAAGUUAAAUUGUCCUCAUAUCAUCUUAAAAGCAUCCCUACAUGACAUCAGAAAUAUUUCUGCACUCUUUUUUUAAUAUUCACCCAUAAUAAACACAUCAGUUUACAACGGUUAGCAACAACAUUAAAACCAGCUCCCUCAUAUUGUGUUGGUCCCCAGGGAAAACAGCUCUGACUUGUUAAAUUAAGGACAGCAGAAGACUACUAAAGGUGUUCUGGCACCAAGAUAUUAGCAGCAGAUUCUUUAGAUUGCAAUUCGGGUCCUCCAUUGAAUUCAUUUGCUUAUCCACCAGUUUAUGUAGGCACUAAAAACUGCACUGUGAGCCCCCCAGAACCUGCCAAGUGACGUUCACAACACCAUUUGCCACUUAUCAAAGUCACUUUGAAGCUUCCAUUUGCUCCAACACAUCAACUUAUGCCACAGUCAAACUGGGGAAAACAGCAGUUUGAGACUUCAGCAUGACCAAAAUUACUGUGACCAUCAGCAAUGAACCUUUGAAGUGGUUGCUUUGAAGACAGGGACCAGGUCUGCAACUACUAACAGUUGGUGUCUUCAUAGCAACUUCGGUAUAUCAAGAUGGAGUCAGUCUGCUAUCUGUUAUCAGUUUGUAUUUGAAUGGGGUCAAUUUGGCAAUCAAAACUGUGAUAAACUGGCAAAAAUUGCAAAUCUGUUGCAGAUCUGUUGCCAUCUACAUACACAGAAAUUCAAAUUAAACAGAAAUUCAUAUUAACUACUUACAUUCCAGUCAGAACCUCACAGAUUUGAAACAGAGAUUCAGAAAUUCCUUCACAAAUAGUGACGUAGUUUCUGUAGGAUAUCCGUUUAACUGCAAGAUAACAUAGGCGCUCAGCAGCCUCGCUUAUAUAGGAACAUAACUAGAAUGCAACCAUUUGGCAACCAUUUGAGUCAAGUCUCCUACUGAAAAGAGAUGAAUCACAGAUGAGUUGCACUCACUGGUGCAGACUGACUAACUGUAACACUGUGGCAGUCUGAGUAUUCAUAAAUUAGAUGGCCAUUAUUUACAAACCUUCACCAAUCUGACUGAAAGUGUCUGCAGUCAGUCCGAGUUGGCCAACAAUUGUUAGGAGAAAAGUCACCUCCCACCAGGCAACCUGGCAACCUGUGUGUUGAGGGUGGGCAGCUGGUCACUGCAGCUACUGACAGUCGGUCUCUCGCAGCAAAAAAAAUAAAUGUGCUCACGGGGCAAUAGGUGAUUUUUCCUAGUCACAAGGAGGUUGCUGUCCUGUUUUUACUCUAGUGUGACAAAGCCAUUAGAGAACAAAGUGUUUACUUGAUAAAAGAAGCCAUUCACAGAUGCAAGAUAACAAAUGUUUUCCUCUCAUCUGUCAGUGGUUUUAAUGUUGUAGCUGAUCAGUCCACUGAUCCAAAUUCAACAGCACGUGAUCUGCAGUUUUUGACAUCACUCAACUCUAAUCAUCUUAGAUUAGAUCUUCUGCAUUUUAAAUAAAAUAUGUGGCACAAUAUUUGUUCCUUCAUGAUACAUCUGAAUAAUGUUAUCUUAACUGUCUCCUUGAAACUGUGGCAUGUGAACUUGGACUAAUUUGGACAUGUCAAUAAUUUCCUCAAAAGCUAAGUAGUAAAAAGCUAAAAAGCUCAAAAGCUAAACAACACACCCCACCUCAAAUCCAAGUAUUUAUGAGCAUACUUAAGCAAUAUUUUGUUUUACUGUUACUUGCAGUGAACAAACUUCUCUUCUUCUUCUUCUUCUUCUUGUAUAAUUUAAGCACAAAUGGCAGAAGGAAAAAACUGUUUCUCAAACUGACAAAUGCAAGCUGUACACAGCAAUUUAUGAAAGAAAGGCACAAAAGACCCUUUUACAAUGUUUUUACCAAAAUAAGCUAAUGUUAAAAAAGAAUAUUAAAGGAGCAAAUAUAUAUAACAAUAUACCGUAUUUUUCGGACUAUAAG